AUGGAUGGGAAUUCGGCAAACGGGAUGCCGAUUUUGUACGGCGACUUGGAUUUACAUAUAAUUGAAGCCCGCAGGUUGCCCAACAUGGACUUAACUUCUCAGCGUCUCCGGGUCUGUUUCACCGCCUGCGUCCCUUCUAAGCCGCCGUCACAGGAGGAAGAACACCCCCACCAGGGCGGCGGCGGCACCCACGACCGGGAUUCUAAAGUUCACCACCACCACCCCAAUAUCAUCACCAGCGACCCCUACGUCACUGUCUCGGUACCACAAGCCACUCUCGCCCGCACGCGCGUCGUGGCCAACUCUCAGAACCCCAAGUGGGACGAAAGGUUUAAUCUCCCCAUAGCUCAUCCUUUGGAUUUUCUGGAGUUUCGGGUCAAGGACAACGACGCUUUCGGGGCUCAAACUAUUGGGACGGUUAAGAUUCCUUAUGAUAAACUUGCGCCCGGCCUAUUGAUUUCCGAUUGGUUCGAUCUUGCCGGCCCGAAUGGGAAGCCGCCCAAGCCCGGCGCCGCCAUUCACUUGGAGAUGAAAUUCACUCCCGCUGAGGAAAGUCCGCUUUAUAAACAUGGUAUUGCUGGUGACCCUGCACAUAAAGGGGUGAGGGGGACUUAUUUUCCACUGAGGAAAGGCCAUUCUCUGACCCUUUAUCAAGAUGCACAUGUCACUGAUGAUUGUAAGUUGCCUAAAGUUAAACUGGAUGAUGGUAUGGUUUAUGAGCAACCUAAAUGUUGGGAGGAUAUAUGCUAUGCUAUAUCUGAAGCUCAUCACAUGAUUUACAUCGUGGGUUGGUCUGUUUUCCACAAGAUUAAGUUGAUUAGAGAACCCAGCAAGCCGUUGCCGCGAGGUGGGGAUUUGACUCUUGGAGAAUUGUUGAAGUAUAAGUCAGAAGAAGGGGUUCGGGUUUUGUUGUUAGUUUGGGAUGAUAAGACCUCGCAGAGAAAUUUCUUCUUUAAGACGGCAGGGGUGAUGCAAACUCACGAUGAAGAGACUCGAAAGUUUUUCAAGCACUCCUCCGUGAUUUGUGUUCUGUCACCACGUUAUGCCAGCGAUACGCAGGCGCAUGGUAACAAUCGAAAGGUUACAGCAUUUCUCGGUGGUCUUGAUAUGUGUGAUGGUCGUUAUGACACACCACAGCAUCGGCUAUUUCAUGGGCUUGAUUCUGUAUUUAAGGAUGAUGUCCAUCAACCUACAUUUCCUCCAGGAACCAAGGCUCCUAGGCAACCAUGGCAUGAUUUGCAUUCCCGAAUAGACGGGCCUGCUGCAUACGAUGUCCUUAUAAACUUUGCUCAGCGAUGGAGAAAAGCAACUAGGUGGAGAGAGUUCAAAUUUCUGAAGAAAGGGAUGGCUCGCUGGCAUGAUGAUGCCAUGAUAAAAAUUGAACGAAUUUCAUGGAUACUCAGUCCAGCCAUUUCCAUUUCUAAGGAUGGAACUUUUAACGUUCCUGAAGAUGAUACGAAACUAUAUGUUUCUGAUGUUAAUCACCAAGAGACUUGGAAUGUACAGAUAUUUCGGUCCAUCGAUUCAGGAUCAGUGAAGGGCUUCCCCAAAUAUGUUGAUGCUGCUCAGGCACAGAGUCUGUUCUGCUCAAAGAAACUGGUGAUAGACAGAAGUAUUCUCAGAGCAUAUAUACAGGCAAUCAGAUCUGCUCAGCAUUUUAUUUAUAUUGAGAACCAAUAUUUCCUUGGUUCAUCGUAUGCUUGGCCGUCAUACAAAGAUGCAGGAGCUGAUCAUCAAAUCCCUAUGGAGUUGGCCAUGAAAAUUAUUAGCAAAAUCAGAGCCGGGGAGAGAUUUGCAGUUUAUGUUGUUGUACCGAUGUGGCCUGAGGGUGAUCCCAAAACACUUACCAUGCAAGAAAUUCUCUUCUGGCAGAGUCAGACAAUGCAGACGAUGUACCAGGUUAUUGCACAGGAGCUCAAAGCCAUGAAACUUGUUGACGCUCAUCCUCAAGACUAUUUAAAUUUUUAUUGCCUUGGGAAACGGGAGGAGAUUCCAGAUGCUCUUCGCGAGUCUGGUAAUGGGGAUAAGGCUUCAGAUUCUUGGAAAAAUCAGCGAUUCAUGAUAUAUGUUCAUGCAAAAGGAAUGAUAGUUGAUGAUGAGUAUGUAAUCCUAGGGUCUGCAAACAUAAACCAAAGAUCUAUGGCCGGCACCAAAGACACUGAGAUAGCUAUGGGUUCAUAUCAGCCCCACCACACCUGGGCCAAGAAACACGGACAUCCCCAUGGGCAGAUAUAUGGUUAUAGAAUGUCACUCUGGGCUGAGCAUCUGGGGCUGGAGAGAGAGGUGUUAGAUUUUGAGGAGCCACAGACAUUAGAAUGUGUGCAACGAGUUAAUAAGGUUGCGGAGGACAACUGGAUGAGAUACACUGCUGAGAAUUUCUCGCUGUUGCAGGGGCAUCUCCUGAAAUAUCCUAUAAAGGUGGAAGAUGAUGGCACAGUUGGUCCAUUGCCGGGAUUCGAGACUUUCCCUGAUGUUGGAGGCAAGAUUGUUGGAGCUCAUGCCACUACCCUUCCCGACAUUUUGACUACUUAA